AUGCGCACUCGGCAGAGCUUUUCCAGCCUGCACUGCCGCGUGGCGUCGAUCCUAGCGCUGCUGCCGAGCUCGAUGUCCUUGCAGACUGCGCCCGGUAUCUCGUCCGAGUCGGCCAGCUCGCUCAAUGAAAGCAUGCCGCUCUUUGAGCGCCUCUUUGCCUUGCUCUCGACCAACGGCGUUGCUCGGACCUUGCAAGCGAUGCGUGCCUACGUUGUCGACGCGGCCACGUUGGCCAAGAGCAUCAAGCCGUUUUCAGACACGAUGGCGUCGACGCUCCAGGGCGUGCAGUCGGCUUUCUUGUCGCACGUGCCGUAUUUUGGCAAGGCGCUCCCGAUGAUUGUUGCUGGUAUCUUCGACGAGUCGGACAUUGUCUGCGACGUCGCCAUGCACGCCGGCUUGAUCGCUGCCAACGCCCGCGCGCUCUCCAUCGCGAAGGACCUCUUGGCGUCGCUUGAGGCAGCUAAUUUUGACGCGUGGCGCAUGUGUCACUCGUCGAUCUCGCUCCUCGGCGGUUUGGUCAUGUUUUCGGGCGUCUGCCUUUGUCUUGCCGAGGUCAUUCCGUCCUUGCCCAAGAAGAAGCUCAAUCCAGGAAGUGGGCUCAAGGUCAGCCAUUUCGCGCAUGUCUCGGGCAAGGACCUCGAAGCGUUUCUACGUACCAGCACGCUCGAGUAA